UCAGAAACAGCAGGGGCGUGGACGAAAUCUUCUGUCCGCACUGUGUGUUUACUUCCGUCAAUAUUUCCAUCAAAGCAGGCAGAAGAGACAAGAAAAAGAAGCAAAGACGGAGGAUACAACAAGGGAGUCGCUUUUGGUAAAAUGCCUUUCUUAGGCCAAGACUGGAGGUCACCAGGAUUGAGCUGGACAAAGACCGAACAUGGUUGGAAGAGGAUUGUCUUCUAUGGACACGAGUUGGAUGAUGACAACAGAGAAAUAGAGUUGACAGAACUCUGCAGUGACAACAAAGAGAAUCUGUUUGUUGGGGAUGUGUGUGAGCUCGCCACCACAAAGAGGAAAAAGGACUUCUACAACAACAACACCAAAUCUCAGUUUGUUUUCAGGGAUAAAUGGAUCUAUGUGCAGAAAGGAAGCACAAAAGAGCGACAUGGAUACUGCACGCUCGGUGAAGCCCUCAACCGUUUAGACUUUUCCAGUGCCAUUCAGGACUUGAGAAGAUUCAACUAUGUUGCAAAGCUCUUCCAGCUAAUAGCCAGGUCCCAGCUGACUUCUUUGAGUGGAGCUGCCCAGAAAAACUAUUUCAACAUACUGGAGAAGAUCGUACGAAAGGUUGUAGAGGACCAGUACAACCCACGCCUUGUCAAGCAACUGCUGCAGGACCUGAGCUCCACCCUGCACAGUCUGACCAUCCAUGUAGGCAGGUGUGUCCUCGUGGGCAACGUCAACAUCUGGCUGUGUCGACUGGAGACCAUUCUUAAGUGGCAGCAGCAGCUCAACAACCUGCAGAUCCCAAAGCAAAUCUGUGAUGGCAUGUCAUUCAAUGACUUACCGCUAUACAUGCAGAACCAGAUCCUCUGCAAGUUAUCUGAUGCCUAUGACAUCAUUAACCUCGGACAGGCCACGCCCACUCUGCAUUGCCUCAGUGAGAACAGGGUGCUGUGGAAGAAACUCUGCCACUUCCACUUCUCAGACAAACAGUACUGUAGGAAUCUGGUCCUUACAAAGAGUGGUGUGGUGGACUGGAAGCUGAUGUACUUCACUCUGCAGAAACAUUAUCCAAUGAAGGAGCAGUACGGCGACACCUUGCACUUUUGCAAACACUGUAGCAUCCUCUUCUGGAAGGAUCGCCACCUGGCUUUGUUAUUCAAGGACUGUGGCCAUCCCUGCACAGCCAACGACCCAGACAGCUGCCUCAUGCCCAUCUCUCCACAGCACUUUAUCGACCUCUUCAAGUUCUAAACCUUCGUCGUUUUUUUCUUCAAGCUAAGUGUCCGUUUACCUCCGCUCCUGAGUCCGAGAGUGCGUACGAGACCUUGAUGUCACCUUUACCCAAAUACAAAGGGCUUGAAAUGAAAGAGAUUACUUUUGUAUGUUUUAAUUUCCUUACGCACAAAUGUUUCCAAGAUUUACCGUACAUGUUUGUUGCUUUUAUGAAUGUUAUUAAUGGGUGAAAUAUAAAAGGAACUUUGUUGUUUUCCUGCUUUUCCUCUUGCAGUAAAAAAAAAAGUUCAUUUCUGACGGGACAGAAAAAAAUAUGUUAAUGUUAUAUGAAUAUAUGAAAGGAUUUCAAUGUAAAAGAUGUUGUAGAGUGUUUAUGAUAGGAAAGUGAUGUUACAUAAGGGGUUGUUGUUUUUUUUACAGAUAAGGUCAAAAAUGACAGUUUGGAGUUAUAAAAUUAUGUUGAAGGUUUAUUUAUGGCGUUAAAACUAUUCUGCUCUUUUUGUUUCGGUGUUUAUUUCCUGCAAUAACUGAAUGCAUGUCCUGUUUUUGUUGAGUCCCUGUUUACAUGAUUUAUGUUGUCCUUUGUGUACUCUUGUUGUGCUCUGUAUACAAUGGACGUAUGGACAUCAAGAAAAUAAUGUAAAACUCCCUUAACUGUACAAGUUUUAUCAGCCAUCUGGUGUCCAACCUGUCAAAUAACAGAAAAAAAGAAAUGGAAACUUUGGGAUGGAAAAAAAAGUUUUGUACCCUUCCUCUGACUUUUGUAAUAUUCUUAUGCUGUCCCGAUACUCUUGAUGGUACUAUAAUGACUUUACCGGGACGUGAACUACUUAUACAAAAAUUAAAUCUUUCUAUAAACCUGUGUCUCUUCUUCAUUUCAUGUUGCAUCUUGGAGAAGUCUUAUCCUUCGUUUACAGCAGUUUCUACUCCUUGGAUUUGGAUACAAAUGUCUGUCCACCAAAAACAGCAAGCAUAUGUUUUUGUUUGUCUUUGAAAAUUGGAGCAAAGGUAUGUGAUUAAUAUCACAAGAUCUUCCAGCUCUGAUGUAGCAGUCUCAUGUUCUAUACAUGUAGUUAAAUAAGAAAGUAAAAUGAUGUUCACAGGUCUACAUUUUUGGAAAAUCUCUGAAAAACGUGUAAAAAUAAAAGGAAGGUUAUAGAAAUGUAAGGCAAAGUGUUCUUUCCUGAGCUUUACUUUCAACAGCAGUAAAUCCCUACAGAUAACAAUAAUAAUAAAAAUAACUUUUAUUUAUAAAUGUUGAAGGUAGGUGAAAGAGAAUCCCAGUAGGCAUACAAUCAUUCCUGGCUGCAAAAUGUUGAAAUAAAAGAGUCAGACUUUGAGACUAAAUCUUUAUUCUACUUUAAGAAAUGUGUCCCAGGAAGUUGGCUUGCAGUACAUCUCUGUACACUUCUGUUUGUAGUGAAGCAACCAUAGGAAAAAUAAUGUAGUAAAAAGUUUGAAUCU